CUACAUGCUGACUAAGCUAUGUCCGAGGCCGAAAUGACCGAACUAAAGAUCCUCAGCUUCUCCGCGUCAUGAUUCAUGCUUAACAUUGCUUUGACCAUUGCCAGUCAUCCUCAUCCUCAUUGACAUUUCAUACACCAUGAAAGCCCGUCGUGCACCCUAUAUCUGCGCACAGUGCACGGCGCAUCUCCGUGGAGGGGUCAAUGGGAGCCCUUUGCGUCACCGUUCGACUGCGCUCUUUGCUCAACGCCGGUACAACAGCAGUACAGUGCGUAGUGACCGUCCAUUCCGUGUAGCGGUCAUUGGGUCUGGUCCAGCAGGAUUCUAUGCAGCUUAUAGGCUCUUGAACAAGGUAGAAGAUGCGGUGGUGGACAUGUAUGAGAAGUAUCCGGUGCCGUUUGGCCUGGUCAGAUAUGGAGUGGCCCCCGAUCACCCUGAAGUGAAGAACUGCGAAGAAAAGUUUACUGAAGUCGCAUCCUCGCCUCGUUUCAACUUCAUCGGCAACGUCGAACUCGGCUCCGAUCUACCUUUACAGUCUCUCAAGCCGCAUUACGAUGCAAUGCUGUUCACGUACGGUGCCUCGGAAGAUAAAGAGCUUGGGAUUCCCGGAGAGAAGGCCUGUCGAAAUGUAUAUUCAGCCCGCGCGUUCGUAGGAUGGUAUAACGGCCUACCGGAGUACCGCGAUCUGGCGCCAGAUCUCAGCAUGGGUGAAAAUGCGGUGAUCGUUGGUCAAGGAAACGUUGCUCUGGACGUUGCUAGAAUCCUGUUGACGGAUGUCGAUGUGCUCCGGAAGACGGAUAUCUCCGAGUAUGCUCUGGAGGAACUGGCCAAAAGUAAAGUGAAGCGGGUGCGCGUCGUCGGUCGUCGCGGUCCAUUGCAGGCUUCCUUCACCAUCAAGGAACUGCGGGAGCUUUUCCAGCUUCCAUCAGUCUCUUUCGAUCCUGUCCCGAAGGACAUCUUACCUCCAGAAUCGGUUAUCGCUUCGCUUCCUCGUGCUCAAAAGCGAUUGAUACAGCUACUUGCCAAAGGCUCCUCAACUAAUGAGCAGGAAGCAAGCAAGUCAUGGGCUCUUGAUUUCCUUCUAUCGCCGCACUCCCUACACUGGUCCCCCGUCCACCCUUACCGUCUCUCGCAUGCCAAAUUCACCCGCAACGAACUCGACCCGGCGGACCCAUAUAGCCCGACGUCAAAAGUAACGCGGAAGCUCCUAUCCAGCGGCAAGCCCGCAGAAGUGAAUAUCCCUGCGAACAUCUUCUUCCGCAGUGUCGGCUACAAGUCCCUGCCCCUACCCGGGUUCCAGGAGCUAGGCAUCCAAUUUGAUGACCGCCGAGGAGUCAUCCCCAACGACGGACUGGGAAGAGUCACCAGUCCAACUAAACAGUCAGAAGAGAUAGAAACACGAGUUGGCGCCGUCAUCCCUCACGUUCCAGGCCUCUACUGUGCCGGGUGGGUGAAGCGUGGCCCUAACGGCGUCAUCGCUACGACCAUGACCGACGCCUUCACGACAGCAGAUACUAUCGCUGCAGACUACGAGGCUCAAAAAACGAACACCGAAAGGAGUCUUUCUCUCCUCAACUCCGAAUCGGGAGGCAGCACCGGUCUCGGCUGGGAGGGAGUCCGUCCUGAGGCCGAGAAGAAAGGUCUCCGUCCGACUAACUGGAAAGAUUGGCAGCGGAUCGAUGCCGUGGAGAAAGAGCGCGGGAAGCAAAAGGGGAAACUCCGAGAGAAGUUUGGUCGUGUCGAAGAGAUGUUGGAAGUCCUGAACUAAGCUGGACUGGACGAAAGAAAUGAUAUAGAACUGUACUAUAUAUGUCGUCAUGUACAUACAACACAUUGUAACAUCUCCCCUGAAAGAAAUCAGAUGACCAAGCUGGUUAAAUUUACCGG